AUGGAGACAACACCUACAGAGGGGCCACAUACCUCUAGUCGCCCGGCUUUUAGGCCGCCUCGCGAUUCAAAGGCGGUUGCCGCAGAGGCUUUACCAGAAGAAGCAGAAGAUGGCGUCUUUCCGCUUAACUCCGGAAGACAGAGAAAGAAACGGGGUUUGGGCAAGAUGGGCAUUAUAUCUGCAUUGAUCAUCGGUGGUUUACUUGCAAGGGCGGUUGGGGGACACUUGCUGCUAUCGCUGCUGACGACGAACUGUAGGAAGAGCUUGCACGCAGCCUGGCAACAAGUAACGCCACGAGAGGCACCCUGGGAGGUGCCAACACUGGACCAGUAUGAAAGGUCUCUGCCUCUUUCACUGCAGCUGGGGAAGCAAGUCCUUGCUGCUUCUGUGCAACUGAAGGAAAAGUUUGUGCCACCUGUUCCCGGGCAAAGGGCAGAAGAGCUCAUGAAAACCCUUGCGAGGCACUUAUCUAGAGGGGGGUCGGAGAAUCUCGUUGGAAUGGAUGUCACCCUCAGCAACAUGCAAGCCGUGGGCUCUGAUGAACUAGAUAGGGCCCCUCACAAGUUUACGGUCACGAAGUUUCUCGGUGAGGGAGGCAGGUCAGUGGUAGUUGAGGUGAAAGAAGGUGAUUCAGGCAAGGCGUACGCCAUGAGGCUGUCGGCGUUUUCUGCGGCGGCCAGUCAACCAAAACACGUCGCCCGCAAGUUAGUGGAACUCAUGGGAAAUGUGGCCCUCAUGCAAGAGACAACGGCUAUGCUGCAGGCGGCCGGUAGUACUAGUCCAAGCGAGGCAGGGGAAAUGAGGGGGCUGGCAAUGACUUCGAGCAUAGCAACAAUCGAGGGAGUCCCCUCCGUAAUGCAGUUCUCCUCCAGCUACCUUCUGAGUGAGGUGGAGCUAAUGGAGCGGUUUUCUGGGGACAUGCUAGGUGUUUUCAAUUCCAUAAACAAGCUGCCAGGGGAGUCAAAGUUGUACGCAGGGAAGCGAUUGCUACUGGAGGUGCUGCACCUGAAGCGUGCAGGUUUUAGCCAUAAUGACCUGAAACUGCAGAACUUAUUUGUACGGGAAGAUGGGACGUUUUUCAUAGGGGACUUUGGCGCAGGGACGCUUGUAGGACAGCCUUUAGACAGGCUAACAGGCGUGACAAUUCAAUACGCAGAGAAGGAGUUGGCUGUCGCGGCCGAAGAAGACACUCCCGGCGAUCCGCGUCCCGUUGCGGACGAAAGGUCAGACUUGUGGAGUCUGGGUUUGUGCCUGUACAGUAUUUUCACAGAUGGGAAACUGCCGUAUGGUCUCGACACCACAGACAGCCCAGGGGCAACUUUAAAAGAGCUCGCUGAGCGGAAGGUCAACUCCAAGACUUUGAGGCGCGAUCUUAUGAAAGAAGGCGUGCCUUUGAGGUGGCAAGAUUUAAUCAUAGACCUUCUAAAGGUGGAAAGGAGCGAGAGGAUGGACGCCUGUACACUCGUUGCCAAUUAUGCCGAUAUUAUCUAUCUCUAG